AUGGUAGACCUCUCACUAUACGCUAUAGAAGCGCUUUUGGUUCUAGACGGCGAAGGUAAGCGGAUAUACACAAAAUACUAUCGGAGCCCACAUGAGAAACCAGAACAAUCAUCGCAGCAACACAAGACCUCUGUGAAACAGCAGACAGAGUUUGAAAGCAGGCUUUUCAAGAAAACACACAAGCAGAAUGCUGAGAUCUUACUGUUCGAAGACAGUCUGGUGCUUUACAAAGAAUAUGUUGAUGUUUCGCUGUAUUUAGUUGGAUCUGCCGACGAAAACGAGUUAGUACUGCAACAGGCGUUCACUGCUGUUAAAGACUCACUAGACUUGGUGCUAGCGACCGGAAUUGACAAGAAGAAUAUUCUAGAACAUUAUGACAUGGUGGCAUUGGCCAUCGAUGAAACCAUCGACGAUGGGAUCAUUCUGGAGACGGAUCCAGCUACAAUCGCGUCGCGGGUCACGAAGCCACCUUCUAAAGAUGCACCAAUCAACAUUGAACUCAGCGAAAAGGGUCUACUAAGCGCAUGGGGCUUUGCGAAGAGUAGAUUAGCCGAGAGGUUGCAACAAGGUUUGUAA